AUGCUGCGGCGGGGCAGCCAGGCGCUCCGGCGCUUCUCCACCGGCCGGGUUUAUUUCAAAAACCAGCUGAAAUUGGCCCUUAUAGGUCAGAGCCUCUUUGGACAAGAAGUCUACAGCCACCUCUGCAAAGAGGGCCACCAGGUGGUGGGGGUGUUCACAGUUCCAGACAAGGACGGAAAGGCUGACCCACUGGCUUUGGCUGCAGAGAAAGAUGGGACCCCAGUGUUCAAGUUCCCUAGAUGGAGAGUCAAGGGCAAGACCAUAAAGGAGGUGGCUGAGGCCUACAGAUCCGUGGGUGCCGAGCUAAAUGUGCUUCCGUUCUGCACCCAGUUCAUCCCCAUGGAUGUCAUCGACAGCCCAAAGCACGGCUCCAUCAUUUACCACCCGUCCAUCCUUCCCAGGCACAGAGGAGCCUCUGCUAUCAACUGGACUCUAAUUAUGGGAGAUAAGAAGGCUGGAUUUUCUGUAUUCUGGGCUGAUGAUGGUUUAGACACAGGACCCAUCCUUCUUCAGAGGUCAUGUGAUGUUGAACCCAAUGAUACAGUGGAUGUACUAUAUAAUAGAUUUCUUUUUCCUGAAGGAAUCAAAGCCAUGGUGGAAGCUGUUCAACUCAUAGCUGAUGGAAAAGCUCCUCGGAUUCCCCAGCCGGAAGAAGGGGCAACGUAUGAAGGCAUCCAGAAAAAGGAAAAUGCUGAGAUUUCUUGGGAUCAGUCUGCUGAAGUUUUACAUAACUGGAUCCGAGGCCAUGAUAAAGUCCCUGGCGCUUGGACAGAGAUAAAUGGACAGAUGGUCACAUUCUAUGGCUCUUCACUGCUGAAUAGCCCCGUGCCACCUGGAGAACCACUGGAGAUGAAAGGUGCCAAGAAGCCUGGCCUGGUUACCAAACAUGGACUGGUUCUCUUUGGUAACGAUGGGAAAGCACUGAUGGUGAGAAAUCUACAGUUUGAAGAUGGAAAAAUGAUUCCUGCCUCUCAGUACUUUUCAGCGGGUGAGACAGCAGUGGUGGAACUUACAGCCGAAGAGAAGAAGGUGGCAGAGACCAUCAAGGUCAUCUGGGCUGGAAUUUUAAGCAACGUUCCUGUUAUUGAAGACUCAACAGACUUCUUCAAAUCUGGAGCAAGUUCAAUGGAUGUUGUCAGGCUGGUGGAAGAGAUCAGACAGAAAUGUGGUGGCCUUCAGUUACAGAAUGAAGAUGUCUAUAUGGCCACCAAGUUUGAAGACUUCAUCCAGAAAGUCGUGAGGAAACUGAGAGGAGAAGAUCAGGAAGAAGAGCUAGUAGUGGAUUAUGUUUCCAAGGAGGUCAAUGAAAUGACAGUAAAUAUGCCAUAUCAGUGUUUUAUAAAUGGACAGUUCACAGAUGCUGAAGAUGGAAAGACUUACGACACUAUCAACCCAACAGACGGCUCUACCAUAUGCAAAGUAUCCUAUGCUUCUUUGGUGGAUGUUGAUAAAGCAGUAGCAGCAGCCAAAGAUGCCUUUGACAAUGGCGAAUGGGGAAGAAUGAAUGCAAGAGAAAGAGGAAGGCUGAUGUACAGACUGGCAGACCUCCUGGAAGAGAACCAAGAAGAGCUGGCAACCAUUGAAGCCCUCGAUUCUGGCGCGGUCUACACCUUGGCUCUCAAGACUCACAUUGGAAUGUCUGUGCAAACAUUCAGAUAUUUUGCUGGCUGGUGCGACAAAAUUCAGGGUUCCACCAUUCCUAUCAACCAGGCCCGGCCAAAUCGCAACCUGACCUUCACCAAGAAGGAACCACUUGGAGUCUGUGCCAUUAUCAUCCCCUGGAAUUACCCGCUGAUGAUGCUGGCGUGGAAGAGCGCAGCCUGUCUGGCAGCGGGCAAUACCCUAGUGCUCAAGCCAGCGCAGGUCACGCCCUUGACUGCUUUGAAGUUUGCAGAGCUCUCUGUGAAGGCAGGCUUUCCCAAGGGGGUAAUCAACAUCAUUCCGGGCUCAGGUGGCAUAGCAGGACAGCGCCUGUCUGAACAUCCUGACAUCCGCAAACUUGGCUUCACCGGUUCCACUCCUAUCGGCAAACAGAUAAUGAGGAGUGCUGCGAGCAACUUAAAGAAAGUUUCUCUUGAACUUGGAGGCAAAUCCCCACUUAUAAUAUUCAAUGACUGUGAAAUUGACAAAGCUGUUCGAAUGGGCAUGGGAGCGGUAUUUUUCAACAAAGGAGAGAACUGUAUUGCAGCGGGGCGGCUGUUUGUGGAAGAAUCCAUCCACGAUGAAUUUGUGACAAGAGUGGUGGAAGAAAUUAAGAAGAUGAAAAUUGGUGAUCCGCUCGACAGAUCUACUGAUCACGGGCCCCAGAAUCACAAAGCCCACCUGGAAAAGCUUCUUCAGUACUGCGAAGCGGGCGUGCAAGAGGGGGCCACGCUGGUGUACGGGGGAAGGCAAGUUCCCAGGCCAGGCUUUUUUAUGGAACCGACGGUGUUCACAGACGUGGAAGACCACAUGUACCUGGCCAGAGAGGAAUCCUUUGGGCCCAUCAUGGUCAUUUCUAAAUUCCAAAACGGGGACAUCGAUGGAGUGUUGCUGCGAGCGAAUAACACGGAGUACGGCUUGGCCUCGGGGGUGUUUACCAGGGACAUAAACAAGGCGAUGUACGUGAGCGAGAAGCUGGAGGCGGGGACCGUGUUCAUUAACACCUACAACAAGACGGACGUGGCAGCCCCGUUCGGCGGAGUCAAACAGUCCGGCUUCGGCAAAGACCUCGGUGAGGAGGCGCUAAACGAAUACCUCAAAACCAAGACGGUGACGCUGGAAUAUUAG